AUGGCUGAACUUCUCACAGUGGUUGGGGGAAUCGCCUCCUUCGGUCAGAUCCUCGGACUUGUCUUUAGGACUACAGAAGUGAUCGUUUCAUUCUGCUCCGCCUUCAAUGAUGCACCGACUGAGCUUCGCCGUAUUAAGGAGAAACUUCUCAGCCUCCAGAUAAGCCUUGAAGGUAUUCAAGACCAGAUGGGUGAAGUUAACGACGAUGAGCUUCUGCCGCCAGAUAUGUGCUAUAUUCUACAAAACACUGUAGCGUCACUUUUUGAAGAGGUAACCACGCUACAUAAAAGGUGCAGUAAGUCGUUCAAUGGCGAACCUCGGGGUACUGGAAAGCGAUUGAAAUGGGCUUUCGUCGAGCGGCAUCUUAUGACCGGCAUGCUCGAGCGUCUGCGGGACUCAGAGCGCGAACUGACUUGUGUUUUACAAUUGCUGAACGUGCGACUGUCGCUAUUGAUAUAUGCAUCACAAAGAGAGCUCCACCAAGAACGCAGAACGAUUACAUAUCAACAAAAGUCGAUCACCAACCCACCGCUGUCAAAAUGUGGCCACCACCGAGUGACUGUAAUAGGCGUUGACUCGUGGAUCCGGAAAAUCGGACUCUAUGGCUCCUUCUCGCUUGUGUCUUCGGUCGAUAAUAAAGAGUGGAAAUCAAGUGUCUGCAUAGGCUUCAAACCACCUACAUGGAUAUCAUCUAAGUCUAUCGCAAUUGACAUCCAUUUGGCGAGGGCUGAAUUUCUUGGGGGUGGAAUUCGCAUUCUACCCGGAAGUAUUCGCCUGCAAAACCAAGUCCGUCUGGAAUCGCCGUUUAUGACUGCCUGCUCCUCAGGAGAUAUCAAGUUGAUUGCACAGCACCUAGCCGAAGGAACUGGACAGCUUGGAGAUAGGGCUAUCUGCUGCGGGAAAACCCCUCUUCUGUUGCAGCUAGCUAUAGAGGGCCAGCACCUGGAUGCAGUUCAAUAUCUUCUGGAAUCAGGUGCCGAUCCUAAUGUCGGAGACGAUAGUCAGAUACUUCCAAUUUUUGCAGCAGCAGGGAUGUCGUCAGAAAAGAACAGGUUCUUUCCACAGCUUCCCCCAAAAUGGGCUCCGUGGCUUGAGGCUUUUAAGCUCCUUGUAAAGCAUGAAGCUUCUGUGCACGAAGUUAACCGCGACAAGACCUUGAGCAUGCUGAAUAUCAACUACCCAUUCCGAGAGGAACAAACCAUGGACUACUUCAGGAUCCUUCUAUCAGAAGGCUAUAUCUACUGGGAGACUGCUGAUAAGACCGCUUGGUCUGCGGUUAAUACGGCUAUCAGAACGAGGACAAAUUCAUUGCAAGCCUUGCAAUUUCUGGUCAGAAAUGGCGUCAAUCUAAGCAGAGUCUUUGAUGAUGGUAGGUCAGCGCUUCAUCUAGCUGCGGAGCUUGCCGAAGAUGUGGAAGUUCUGGAGUAUCUCUGCAAUCAGGGAUGUCUGGAUGAUCGUGACAGGCAGGAUAUGUGGGGUUGGACACCCUUACAUUACAGUAUUAUUGCCGCUUACCUGCACACCAGCCCAGAUGUAUUCCAGAAGGUUCGAUUCCUUCUGUCAAAAGGGGCGGAUGUCAAUAUAAAGGGGAGAGUGAAAGAAAUUUUUUACCCGGAGAAAAUGCCUGCUGAUGAGUUUACACCUGGUGAGAUGUGCCGAGCCUUAAGUGUUUCUCUAUAUAGAAAAUUUGAAGGUGAAGCCAAGAUAGCGGGGUUGCGUUUGGAAGAGGUCAACGAAGGGACCGAUAAUCUCAGCUAG